AUGUCAUCUGUUAGCAUACUUGGUCUUGGGGCCAUGGGAACGGCCCUGGCCGCUCGGUUCCUCGAAAAGAAAUACAAAGUCGCUGUAUGGAAUCGAUCUCCAGAAAAAGCAAGCCCUUUGCUCGACAAGGGCGCAAAUAUUGCCCAAACAGCGGUGGACGGUAUCAAUGCAAGUGACCUGAUCAUUAUCUGCCUCCUCGACAACGCCGCUGUCCAAACAACCCUCGCCGGCGCUCUUGACCAACUACAAGGCAAGACAAUCGUCAACCUAACAAAUGGAACACCUGACCAAGCUCGCAAGAUGUCAGACCUGAUCGUUGGUCACGGUGCUCGAUACGUCCAUGGCGGAAUCAUGGCUACUCCUUCCAUGAUUGGUUCACCUCAUGCUCUGGUUCUGUACAGCGGGUCACAACAAGCAUUCAAGGCCAGCGAGCCUGAUAUGUUGAUGCUAGCUAAGUGUGUCUUUGUCAGUGAGGAUGCGGGCGCUGCAUCCCUGCAUGACCUGGCUCUACUUAGCGGC